UAGUUAGGGUAGACUACGGGAAAGCACUGACACUCCAGAGACCAAUGCUCCCACCCAGGCACCCAGGGUUCUCAGUUGGGAGCACAAGAGGUUAUGGGGGCUGGGAAAAGAAAGCGGACUGCAGAUCUCAGCCUAGGAGCAAAGAGUAGGAGGGGGAGGAGCCAGGACACCCUUCCAGCCUCAGGUCUGGGGGCUCAGGGAUGUAAAGGAAAACAGGGUGUGUGUGUGUGUGUGUGUGUGUGUGUGUGUGUGUGUGUGUGUGACAAUUCAGCAGAGGUCGGGACGUACCACGGAGCCCAGUAGCGGCAGGGAGGGGGGGGGGCGGAGGACGUGGUCACCGAGGGGAGCCCCCGCCCCCUUCACAGAGGCCGAGACUCGGGUUGCAGAGAGAACUGGAACUGGGCUCGCCCUAGGGGAAGGCAGCGCGGCCAAUCCGUCCCCUCCCCACACCUACUCUGAGGGGGUGGGUGAUAGAGGAGAGGUUGGGGUUGGAGCAGCGGUGAGGGGGCCCCUCCCUGGCACCUCCCUCCACCAGACUUGGUCGCGCCCGAAGUGUAACACUUUCUCUUUGUCGGAGGAGCUCUUCUGUUUCCUGUGCAGCAGCUCCCGUUGCGGAGGCACCCGAAGCAGCCCUGGCGGACCAAGGAGCGAUGGCAGCGGCCGAUAUAGCUCGCCAGGUGGGCGAAGAUUGUCGAACUGUCCCCCUGGCUGGACAUGUGGGGUUCGACAGCUUGCCUGACCAGCUGGUGAAUAAGUCAGUCAGCCAGGGCUUCUGCUUCAACAUCCUGUGCGUGGGGGAGACAGGUUUGGGCAAGUCCACGCUCAUGGAUACCCUGUUUAACACCAAGUUUGAAGGGGAGCCAGCGACCCACACACAGCCAGGGGUUCAGCUCCAGUCCAAUACCUACGACCUCCAGGAGAGCAACGUGGGGUUGAAACUCACAAUUGUGAGCACUGUAGGCUUUGGGGAUCAGAUCAACAAGGAGGACAGCUACAAGCCCAUCGUGGAAUUCAUUGAUGCUCAGUUUGAGGCCUACCUACAAGAGGAGCUGAAGAUCCGAAGAGUACUGCACUCCUACCAUGACUCCCGAAUCCAUGUCUGCUUGUAUUUCAUUGCCCCGACAGGACAUUCGCUUAAGUCUCUGGACCUAGUGACCAUGAAGAAGCUGGAUAGUAAGGUGAACAUCAUUCCCGUUAUUGCCAAGUCAGAUGCCAUUUCUAAGAGUGAGCUGGCAAAGUUCAAGAUCAAAAUCACCAGCGAACUUGUGAGCAAUGGAGUCCAGAUCUAUCAGUUCCCCACAGACGAUGAGUCGGCCCACCUGCCGUUUGCUGUUGUUGGCAGCACAGAAGAAGUGAAGAUAGGCAACAAGAUGAUGCGGGCUCGGCAGUAUCCUUGGGGGACUGUGCAGGUUGAAAACGAGGCUCACUGCGACUUUGUGAAGCUGCGGGAGAUGCUGAUUCGGGUCAACAUGGAGGAUCUGCGGGAGCAGACCCACGCCCGGCACUAUGAAUUGUACCGCCGCUGUAAGCUGGAGGAGAUGGGCUUCAAGGACACCGACCCUGACAGCAAACCAUUCAGUUUGCAGGAGACAUAUGAGGCAAAGAGAAAUGAGUUCCUUGGGGAGCUCCAGAAGAAAGAAGAGGAGAUGAGGCAGAUGUUUGUCCAGAGAGUCAAAGAGAAAGAAGCGGAGCUCAAGGAGGCUGAAAAAGAGCUGCAUGAGAAAUUUGACCGUCUGAAGAAACUGCACCAGGAAGAGAAGAAGAAGCUGGAGGAUAAGAAGAAAUGUCUGGAUGAGGAAAUGAACGCCUUCAAGCAGAGAAAGGCGGCAGCUGAGCUGCUCCAGUCUCAGGGCUCUCAGGCUGGGGGCUCACAGACUCUGAAAAGGGACAAAGAGAAGAAGAAUUAACUCUGCUGUUUGCUGCAUGCUGCAUGACACCCAGGGUCCUGUUUGGGCUUCCUGUAGACGCGCCCUUUCCUGUGCAACAGAGCUGGGCUUCCCUCUCUUUAUUUCCCCCCUUAACAUGCUUAGAGGGCAUACACCCCAUGCCUUCCCUUUUUCUUCCUUCAAAUGUUUAUAGAAGCCUGAGAGUCAAAUGAUGAUGUCUGGUUCCUGACCAAGAAGCCAGCAAUCUCGUGGCUUGGAGAUACAUUCCAUACCUCAGUCCCUCUCCUAGUACCCUCCACCAUAUGCUCUCUCACAUCCUCAAUCCAUCUCUGCCAGACUCACACAUGUUUACAGGUCACUGUUUGUCACUUUUGUGUACCAGCUUCCCCAUUAGAAUUCAACCGAUACUUGUUUUCUUGAAGAAUUUCCAUCCACCAGUCAGGGGUCAGAACUGUCCCCUUAUACUCCUGCAUCCUAGUCACUGGGAUUGUUCUCCCACUCCUCUAAUGCCAAGAGCCAUAGCCCCUUAUAAUAGGUUCUAAAAGAAUUGCCAGCGAUGCCUGUUUCUUCUCCCAUCUUAGCCAAGCCCUUUCUUGAUUUCCUUUAUUCGGAGUCAGUUUACACAAGCUGUGUUAAAAGUCAGCCACACAUUUAUUCACACCAAGCCCUUCCUAUACAAAACACAAUUGCUGGAACAGAUAGUGUAUAUUCCCCCUCUCUAAUUCUAGGGACCCCCACAGAUACAGAAGGGAAAAUAAACUGGAAUGUUAUCACCAGCCUAGAGUCUUGAUUCAUAGGCUUCUAAAAUUCUCCUUGGGGGUUUCAGCAUGCCAUUGGUCAAUUCUUGCCAUCCCAAUGAAGUGGAAUAGCAAGAAUAAUAAUAAUCCAAGUAGCUGAUCAAAGAAUCCAGGCGUGGGGUUGUCUAGUGUUCUAGUCUCCCUGAUGAAUGUAAUGGUAGGGUGAACCUGCAUUUGCACAAGUGACACUUGAAAGAGGGAAGAAAAGAGGCAUUGUCACUUGAAAGGUCAUUUACUUUGGUCUAAGGAUUUGAUAUUUUUAAAAAUAUGGUAGUUUUAAGUUUUAUAAUGGGUCCCGCCUGAUUGUGGCUUUUGGAAACCCUUUGAAGUACAGAGCCUUCCACCGUCAGGGCCAGGAGGCAGAGUAUGGCUUUUGGCGUUUGGCUAGUGACAGAGCAACAGCUAGAGGCGACCUGGCAAUGAUCUGUGGCUAAUAUGGCGUCUCUCUGCCCUUCCUUUGCAGUAACCCAUGGCUGUGUAUUGAAUAGUAUGGCCCGCUACAGCUGGACUGGACUCCACUUAGCCUUUUAAGCGAAGGUUCUUAUUUUAACUGACAACUUUUUUUAAAAAAUAUGGUGCCAGACAGCUGGGCCCUCCACCCCUGCUCUGGUACUUCAAGCAUUUUGUUUUUGUUUUUGUUUUUGAGUUCUGCAACUUGCUUCUGCCUCCCAGUCCCACUGGCAUGGACCCUGACUUCUUUUAUCUUGUUAUAAAGGUGGCUGUAUGAUCACUACCUCUAAAAAAAUGCAAUAAAUAAAUUUGCAGGCCUUCUGAACUGUUACAAAAGGGCAGGGGCCAUUGUCUACAAUCAUAGUUAAUAACUUGAACCUAAGACUAAGCCCAAAGCAGAACUUGUUAAAGCAAGCAAGACAAUGUGCGCACUUUCUCUUUUCUUGUUGGCAAAGAGAGAAGGCGGUUUUGAUCUGUACUGGCCAAUGGCCAGAGGCAAGGACCAGGUGACAAAGUGAAAGCCUGAGCUAGUCCUUCAGAAAAACCAACUGGAAGUGGAGAAUUGCAGGAAACCCUAUGCCUAGAGGCGAAACAAAAUGAAGCCAGCCACCUCGGGAACAGAAAGCCCUAAAGCAAAAUCUCCAAGUAUCUCAGAUACACUCAGUAAUCAGGAGAGCCAGGCUACUGAGUGAAGGCUGUCUGGGUCUCCUAGAGAAAGGCCCCUUAUUUGUACCCAUGGAGUUCUGUUUGUUUUUAAAAAAACAAGUUCUUACUAUGUAGCCCUGGCUAGCCUUGAAAUCACAAAACAGACCAGGCUGGCCUGAAAUUCACAGAGAUUUGCCUGCUGGUAUUUUGCACUGGCAUUAAAGGCAAACACCACCACACCCAGCUGCCUUAGGGGGGUUAAUCCACCUUCCCAGACUGCCUGCCAGCCUGAAAGUACCACCUUCCUUAAAAAGUACUUGUAUUUUUAAACGAGGCCUUUCAUUUGCAUCUGUAUAUACACUCCCUACUUGAGCCUGGAGGAUUUCAGAAUACUUCACAAGUAUUUGAGCUACACAACCCUCUAAAAGCAAGCAAAAACUGUAUAUAAAGUGAGGAGCUUUUUGAUCAGCAUGGCUGAUAUACCCCACCCCAUGCUAUAGGAGGAUAGUGACACGUAGAGAAACGAAGGGACUCAUCCAAGGUCCCAGCGCUAUUCCUUGGCAAGCAAAAUUUCCAAUUUCCUGUCUCUGGGUUCCUAAUCCUUUUCACCAAGCAACCCAAGUAUUUAUGGUUUUUUCUGGAGACAAGAUUUUUUUCUUUUUUUUUUAUGUUCAGAGAAACCAGUGUUAGAUGACUCUUGAGGGUUUUUAUGUAGAAAAAUAGGAUAGGGUGGGUAGGCACAGGUGAAGAGAAAGCUCCAGGCCAGCUGCCAUGAUGCUGGAUGAUCAGUUAGCUGUAAGUCUGUAAGUCAAAACAGAAAAUCAGAUCCUGUAAGUCUGAACCAGGACCAGGCCAGUGUACAUUUCACUGGUGCACUGUGUAAUCAGGGAACUCAGGUAGAUAUAAAAAGCAAUGGUACCUAUUAAAAGAUGAUGCUAAAUUUCAUUGAGAAGUUCUCACUGUAAAUGAGACAAACUUUUGUCUGUCUUCACUUGAAAGUCUUUAAUUAGUACAAUUGUUACUAUUUUUUUAAAAAAUUACUCUAAGUUCCCUGUUUACUUCUGGCAAAACAAAAAACACUCAUUAGAGAAAUGGUCUGUGCUUUUCCAGACUGGAAUGGAAUGGCUUCCUGAAACACACACACACACCCCAUUUCUCUUAAGCCAAGAAGUCUGCUUUCUCCACCUGGUUUGGAUUUUUUAAAAAUCAUUUGGCAUUCACGUUUGGCUGUUAAUAUGUGCUUAUUUUUAAAUUAAAGCAAGAUGCAAUUAAA